GUUGUCAUGUCGAUUGAAGUGAACGUGAAGCACGCUGGAAAAACGUACCCUGUCACUGUGGACUUGUCAGAAAAUGGAUUGACGUUUAAACACCAGAUCUACUCGCUGACCAAUGUUCCACCUGAAAGACAGAAGGUGCUGUUGAAAGGCGGGCAAUUGAAGGACGACAGCGAUCUUAAGAGUUUCAACUUGAAACCAAACCAAACAAUCAUGGUUCUGGGCUCGGCAGAUGCGCCAGUGGAGGCCCCAAAGCAAGAUGUAAAGUUUGUGGAAGAUCUGGAUCCUAACGACCUCAACUUCAAUCCGAGCGAUGAGCCCUCGGGGCUGGUCAAUUUGGGCAACACGUGCUAUCUAAACUCGUCGCUUCAGUCGCUGUUUGCGGUAGACGAGCUAAGAAACCGUUUGGAAAAGUAUACGAAAAACGGUACUGGUAUCGAGCAGAAUCUUGUGUUCCACCUGAAAGAGCUUUUUGAUAAGAUGAGCCAGCGCAACAAGAAGAUCACGCCGCUGAACUUUCUCACAACCAUGCGUUUGAGCUUUCCUCAGUUCAGCGAGCGAGACGAUAGCGGGUUUUACAAGCAACAGGACGCAGAGGAGGCGUACUCCCAGAUCUUGAGUACUAUUUUGGGACAGUUUAGUGGAUUGGACCAGUAUUUCAAGAUUGAGUUCAAGACAGCUACUCGUUGUUUGGAAACCUCUGAAGAACCUGUCUACGGCUACGAGGAUGCGAUGAAGCUAGCGUGCCAUAUUACCAUUAACACUAAUUUUCUGAAAGACGGACUGAUGAGCAACUUGAAGGAAACCAUAGAGAAACAUAACGAGUCGCUGGGAAGAAACAGCACGUACGAGAUUACUCGCAGAAUCACACGUCUUCCUAAGUACUUGAACAUACAUUUUGUUCGGUUCUUCUGGAAGAGAGACACCGGAAAGAAGUCGAAGAUCUUGCGUAAAGUCCAAUUCCCAUUUCAAUUGGACUUGAUAGACCUUGUUGACGAGGGAAUCAAGGAGGAUAAGGCAAAGAUAAGAGAUGCUAUUUAUAAGAUUGAGAAGCAGAAUGAAGAGGAGAGCAGAGCUUUCAAGAAAACCAAGAAAUCUGCAGAUCUUACCACAAGAGAGCAAUAUGCCCAGCAAAAAGAAGAGCUUGAAAAACUUAGACAGAAAUGGACAGACAACUUUAAAACUGCUCUACCCGAAUCAUACGACCCUGCUUCUGGCGAAAAUCCUUCGUCUCUGUACGAGCUGAUCAGCGUCAUUGCCCAUCAGGGUUCGUCUGCGGACUCUGGCCACUACCAAUGUUUUGCCAAGGACCAGCAGGAUCCUACGGGCGAGAACUGGUACAAAUUCAAUGACGAUAAGGUGACUGUAGUGAGUCGCGACAAGAUUGAGGCUCUCGCUGGUGGUGGAGAGGGUGACUCUGCUCUGAUUUUGAUGUACAAGGCCGUUGGAAUAUAAAAGUAAUGAAUUUGAUAUAGUCUAGAUAGCGGAGAAAUACCAUUUAUUUUCUAGUUAGUAUUCUUUGCAAGCUGCUUGAAGUGCUCGACCUCAUCCCAGCAGUUGAGAGGUUUGUCUUUAUUACUUUUGAUGCAGUUGGCCACGGCAGUUUCCGCAUCAACGAGGGCCUUGGAUUUGACAGGUUUUGCAUCGUUGAGCUUUUUAAGACUUUCGGCCGCCUUAUUAAGCUGUUCAUUCACCGACGCGACGCUCAGACCUUGGUCUUCAUUGGGAAGAAGUAAAGACGAGAGUUUUGUGUCGAGUUUAGCAAGUUUGUUGUUUUCUAGUUCUUUUAAUUUUUUGCUCACCUCUCUCUCAACCACCUGUGCAGAGGCCUGUUGUCUUGAGUAGUUAGUCUCUGCAGAGCUGUCCAGCGACGAAAUGAGGCUGGAGUUGAAUUCGACCGGGGUCUGCGGG